ACCACCGGAACAAUACUUUGAUACCGCAGUCUACUUGCAUUCAAUGGGCCGACGCACGUUACUGUGAGUCGCGGAAUGGCGCGUGCUACUCUAGUAACGAAACUGCAAAAGCAGCAGUGAAUGAUAGCCGGCAGGCCAGUGCCUUGCCUUGCCAGGAAGUGAACGUUGCAGCUGGCAGUGCCACCUGUUCAAAUCGCUGGCAGCUGGAAAACAUCGGGAUCUUUUACUUGAACGUUCGUCUCGACACUGGUCGUUUUGAACGCCUAUCGAUAACCGGUGUUUUGCCGAAUGCCGUGGUGGGCAAUUCGAGAGAAAGGAGAGAUCUUAUAUGAAUCAUGGACUGGCUGAGGUGGAAAAACAGAUCCAUCUCCCUUCAUCAUGUGCAUUAUACUUGUCUAUGCCCUCGUAUUCACAGAGAUUUCUCUGGUUUACGCAUCACCAUCGCAGGGUCCAUUUCGAACUGUGUCUAACAAUCAUCAGUUCUACGAUAUCCAGGCUCAUCGCGGAGGAAGAGGAAAUGUUGUCGAGAGCACUCUACCGAGCUUUGCAUGGGGCCUCAUCGACGGCGCCACCACACUCGAACUAGACAAUGGCAUCACUCAGGAUGGUGAAGUCGUUGUAUGGCAUGACGAGAAUAUAUUACCAGAAAAAUGCUUUGACACUGCACCGGUGGUCCCAGAUGAUCCCGCAUAUCCUUAUGUCGGAAAGUUCAUAUCAAAUCUGACGUUGGCUCAGAUAAAGACCCUCGAUUGUGGAUCAAAGCGUCAAACGAAUUAUCCUCAACAGCUUGCAUAUCCUGGAGCACGGAUACCCACAUUACGGGAAGUUUUCGACUUCGUGUCAUGCGCAGAUCUGUCCCACCAGAUCCUUUGGAACAUCGAGUCAAAAAUUAACGCUCGAUACACAAAUCAGACUGCCGGCGUGGAUGAUUUUGUCCAGAAGCAACAUGAGAUAUUUAUAUCUAGCCCAUACUACCAAUCUAUCACGUAUCAAAGUUUUGACUGGCGAACUCUGGUAUCCAUGAAGACAUUGGAUGAUAAACUUAUAACUUCUGCUCUUAUCGAUGAGGACACUGCUUUUACGCCGCGUGGCUCAACUUCCCCGUGGCUGGCCGGCCUACGCCUUGAAUCAUUUCCCGGACCAUCACUGUCCGAGCAGAUAGCACAAGCCGCCCAUGCUAUACAAGCGGAUAUUUUAUCUCCUACUGGAACAUUCCUCAUUCCCUCUUCAUCCCAUGAGGGAUUCUCUCACUUCACAACUCCUGAAAUGAUUAGCGAAGCUCACAGGUUCGGCAUGAAAGUUGUACCCUGGACUGUGAAUGGCUUAGACCGUGCCGAAGAGCUCUUCAAGGAUGGUGCAGAUGGAAUUAUUACGGAUUACCCAAAUGUUGUUAGGCGGUGGGCCAAACAACAAGGACUUCGGGUGGCGCCUAAAUAUCCCAGACAACGUGUCUUCUCCUGCUUAUACCAGCACAUGCGUUAGUGUUCUUGAUGCGAUGCACUGAAGGAUAUAUUUUCCCCAUUCGUG